AUUUAGACCGCGAUAAUACAGAAGGCAUAUAGAUUUCGAAGUCGAACUCCGUAAACCCGUAGGCCGUAGUGGAAAUUGACCAAACCGAGGCAUACGGAAUAUCACGUAGAGUGGCCCCGCUUUUUCCACUGAUAUACCCCAGAGAGAUUAGAAUCCACCUUUUGGCGGCUUUUUGGGUUAGAGCGACACAAACAAACGUCAGAAAAAAACUGGACGCCUCGGCGCGCUCUCGAAUUGGCUGUGCCACGUUGAUCCGCGAUAAACUGGCGUGUGUGUGCAUUGUAAUAAGCGAAGAAUUUCCGCGCGCUCUGCAUGAUACACACCAGUCACCACAUACGAAUGCUUCGAUGCCGUGCGUGGUUCGAAAUAGUUGCGAAAUAUAUAAAGCGGAGACGGUGCGAAACUGAACGUGCCAUUACAUUACGAUAUAUAUAUAUCCUAACUCCUAAGUUACCGCGUAACCUACGUGCGGUACAAACGGGCGCUGAUCUUGGUUCACUGUGUAGUUUGUGAUUGUUUAUAACCUGCAACAUUGAUAAAAGUUAACACCUGACUUGGGGAAAAAAGUGUCAAUGUGUAAUUGUUACAAAAUUAAUCUAUAAGAGUAGGUUAAAAACAUUUUUAGAAAUAAAAUUAGAAUUUCAUCGUAGGGACGAGAAUCAAGCGGACUGUUUGGUUGUUGCCAAGCCGAAAGAGGCAACAAACGCAACUUAACGCACGAUAAAAACUUAUGAUGUUUUUAAAAAUCUGUGCAUAAAUUAUUCUCGACUUGUUUUGAUCAAUAACCACAUUGAAGAAAAUGGCGGAGGAUUCAGAUGUUGAGGAGAUGCUGGAGGCAUCGUACAAAAAAGGGGAACGUGAUUCUACAAAGGAUAAAUCAUACAAAGAAAAUGGCUCCAGCAAAAAGUCAUCUUCUGGAAAAGACAAACAUAGAUCUCGAUCGCGAUCAAAAUCCCGAGAUCGUCAUAGAGACAAAAGUAGGCGUGACAGAAGUGACAGACACAGAGAUUCGGAAAGAAGGCACAAAUCACAUUCUAAAGAUAGGCGAGACAAAGAAAGUGACAAAAUUCGUGAUGGCCGGGACAGAGAUAGAGACAGGGACAGGGAUAGGGAAAGGGAACGCGACCGAGGAGAAAGAGGAGACCGAGGAGAUAGAGGUGAUAGAGGAGAUAGAGACAGGGACUAUGAUAAAAGAAGAAAAAGAUCACUAACACCUAUUUCACUCCCUAGAGCCCCUCGACACUUGAAAAAAGGCGGAAGUCCACUUGCUGCCAAAGGCGAUGAAUUAACACCCGAAGAACGAGAUGCUAGGACAAUUUUCUGCAUGCAAUUGAAUCAGCGAAUUCGAGGUCGGGAUUUGGAAGAAUUCUUUUCGAGCGUGGGCAAAGUACAAGACGUUCGAUUAAUAACUUGUAAUAAAACGAGGCGUUUCAAAGGAAUUGCUUAUGUUGAAUUCAAAGAUCCUGAAAGUGUAACACUUGCUCUUGGAUUAUCUGGUCAAAAAAUAUUGGGAAUUCCCAUUGUAGUUCAACACACUCAAGCGGAAAAAAAUCGAAUGGGUAAUUCAAUGCCAAACCUUAUGCCCAAAGGUCAAACUGGUCCAAUGCGGCUUUAUGUUGGCUCUUUACACUUUAAUAUAACUGAAGAUAUGUUAAGAGGUAUUUUUGAACCUUUUGGCAAAAUUGAAAAUAUACAAUUGAUGAUGGAUCCUGAAACUGGAAGGAGUAAAGGCUACGGCUUUUUAACGUUUAGAAACGCUGAAGAUGCUAAAAAAGCUCUAGAACAGUUAAAUGGAUUUGAAUUAGCUGGACGACCAAUGAAAGUAGGCAAUGUCACUGAACGUGCUGAUUUAAUGCAAGGUUCGUCGAUAUUGGACAACGAUGAACUUGACAGAACUGGAAUUGAUCUUGGAGCUAGUGGCAGGCUGCAGUUGAUGUUCAAGUUGGCAGAAGGUACAGGAUUGGAAAUUCCUGCUGCUGCUGCCAAUGCUUUAAAUAUACCAACAUCUAAUCCAGCUCCAGCUCCACAAACAGCACCUCCAAUAGCAACUCAGUGUUUUAUGCUAUCUAAUAUGUUUGACCCACAAAAUGAAACAAAUCCGACGUGGGCCAAAGAAAUACAAGACGAUGUUAUUGAAGAGUGCAAUAAGCACGGUGGUGUUCUGCACAUUUAUGUUGAUCAGGCAUCGCCACAAGGAAAUGUUUACGUCAAGUGCCCAUCUAUCGUUACGGCUGUUGCAGCUGUAAAUUCGUUACAUGGUAGAUGGUUUGCUGGGCGCGUCAUCACUGCUGCUUACGUUCCUGUCGCGAAUUAUCAUUCGCUUUUCCCAGACGCUGUAGCAGAAGUUCAAUUACUUUUACCAAGUGCUUCUAGACGAGGCAUGUGAUUGUAAUAAAUACUUAACGUUUUUAUCGAAAUAUCUUGAAAAUUAUAAUGAAUUGUUUUCUUGUAAUGUUUCAUAUGUAAGAAUUAGAUCCUUAUGUACCAUUUCAAUAUAUUAAUACUUUCUGAAGAAAAAGAAUUAGCUUAAGUUAAAUCUCAUUUUCAAAAAAGUAAAGAUGAAAAAAACGCACUUAAAAACUA